UGGGAUAAGCUCUGGCCUGAUGGGCCACUUGGCUCGUAUGCAGACUUCACCUUUAUCUCACUACCAUACAGGGCUCAUACUAAACAGAACUUAGGAGACCCAGGGAUAGUGGGAGCCAAAUGACACCUGGCAUUAAAAAAAACAAAAAAACAUUCACUGCCCUACCCCACAACCCCAGUUAAUAAGGAAAUACUGAAAUUCGGAAUUGGCCGUUCAGAAGUCUUGUCUACUGCCUCAAAUUACCUGUGCAUGUGAUAUCAAUUUGCAGAAUUUUUUGUCAAAUUUCAUUCCGUCUCAACAUGGCCAUUUUGGCUUGACUGUCACCAAAAUACCAAUCACGGCUUCACCAAAUUUAAUUUGCCAGGCAUGAGCAAUGAUAAGGCUGAAGUGUUCAAGAAAUUUAAAAUUUGGGAGGGCCAUCAACUCAUAAACAGGAAUUGAGGCCUGUCGAGUUUUAGAUUAAUUGGGAUUUGUCAAUUGAAAUGUUAUCACCCACUACUUGGGAAGCCAGCUGGCCUAUUCUUAAAGCUUCCUGUAAAAAAAUUCACGUGAUUAAUGGACAUUGUGAUUAAAGAAAACGAAAAUCAUGCAAAUUUUAAUCAGCUUUUUCUGUGUAACGAGUCACCUUUUUAAAAGUUUGAUUUGUUCUCAGGAGUUUAGUAUGCCGAAAACAGUUAGGAGUCAAGGACAGGGUUGAAAAUAAACUGGCAGAGUGGUUUUGCGUUACGCGUGACUAAGUGCGCGAUGAAAGUGCGAGUAUGAUAUUUUAAAAUGUGAAACAAACGCGCAACGCUAUUUGCCCGGCUAUUUGGUGCUAUUUAUAACAUUAAAGAUAUACAUAUAUCUUGCUUCGAAAUCAUCUUUUUCUGACUGACGAGAUAGAAUUAAAUGUUCCUGUCGGGAACUUAAAUCAAUACUUGAACAGGAAACCACAACAUCAAGAUAUUUGUCUGGCUUGUCAACGUUCGGCAUUUAAGCUUAGCGCUUACAACAUAUCUCAUAUCUCAUCAUAGUUAGUAACUAUGAUCUCAUAAAUUAAAUUUCCGACACGGAUUCACAAAGGUUACCUUGAGUUUUUUACAGGUAUCGGAUUUUAGGAGGAAUAAUUUAUGCGGUAUGAUGAAAUUUUAAACAAUAAAUGUGGGUAACGGUUCGACGCAUUUUGGCGCCAAAAAAGUGUGUCUCGUUAAUUAGUAUUGUUUCUAUGUAAAACUAGAACUGAUUUUGUUUUCAGAUAACCUUUAAAUCGGUCAAGUUAAAUCACUCCACGGCUGAAAUCUUUCAAGCACAUGGCAUAGUAAUGGCAAUCACGCGGGCUACAGUGAUAAAAAUGCGUUUCUUUAAACGUUGUGCCGCCUUUCGAGUAUUCGGUAUUCGAAACCGUAUUGUCCAGACCUUGUCUCGCUUGGUGUCAACUUCUGCUUUGUUCUGUUAGAGAGAAACGUACGCCACGUGUAUACACUUCUGCUAGAAGGAUAAACAAUGAAAAUGUAAAUAGUAUUGAUUUUUUAAACGGUCCUGCACCGCCGAGUACAAUAGACAGAGUGACGUCGGAUACACGAAAAAACUUGUUGGAGGGCCCAAAAAGAGUGCAAAAACUCACUUUUACCCAUAAUAGCAUUUUUGCACCUUGAUUUACUUGGAUGAAAGCUUCACUUUUCUGAUAUUUUCAAGGAGUGCAUCGAAAAAUCGCAAAAACAUUUUGGCGGGCAUUACAAUUUAUUCGCCCGUUGAGUGAGUUUAUAAAUACAUUACAAAAGGCGGGAAAUUCAUUUGAUCGGUUUAAACCGCCGCAGUCACGAGCAGCGCUGUUUAAAAAUGGCUGACUUCCUGACGAUUUCCCUUCAAAAAAGCGGUAUCUACUUCCCUCAGCCGGGUCCUAAGCUCUUUUCGAUGAGCAAGCAGAUGAUUCGACCUGUCCCGAAGCUUGAAGAUGUUUCAGAGCAAUUCAAGUCACAACAGAACCAAAGAACCUCCGUCAUCGUCUGGUCGCCUCCGACAACGCCAACAAACAAGUUCAUGCCGCCUUCUCCUCCACAAACUCCAACUACACCGACUGGAACGCCUCUAAACUACUCUCCAACUUCACCGAAUGUUAUCCCACCCAGAGGACGACCGAGGGCGGAUGUCGUGAACAUUUUGAUGAAGGAGGGCCAAAAUUCAUACUCUUCAAUCCGAUGCGAUGUGUGCAACCGGGUUUUCCCGCGCGAAAAGUCCUUGCAAGCUCAUAAGAGAACACAUAGUGGAGAGAGGCCGUACGUUUGCGACUUCCCAAACUGUGGAAAAGCUUUCGUCCAAAGUGGCCAACUGAAGACUCAUCAACGGCUUCACACAGGUGAAAAACCAUUUGCUUGUACCGCACAAGGUUGUACGACUCGCUUUACCCACGCCAAUCGCCAUUGCAGCAUUCAUCCAUAUGCAAGCCUCAAACGCAUCUAUACUGACAUUCCACUGAAAGAAAUCCUAAAGAACGAAAAUUCUGAACCUAACGAGUACAAAGCAGCUGUGUUACAGUGGCUAGAGAACUACGAGCUGGACAAAGACGAACGAAACCCCGCCAAGCUUGAAGAGAAGGUUCUGAAACGAAAGCUGGAAAAGGAAAUUGCUCGACAGCAAGUUAUUGAGCGAAAGAAAUCGAGGGUUGAGGCAAGAAAGCGAAUGGCCGAGGCAAAAGAAAGAUGGUAUGGAGCUAUGGCACUUGUUGAACUUGCUGAUGCUCAGCUGAACUGUAAUUAACCCUUGAAAUGUGAGUUUGAGCCACUUCCUGUAAACAACGUUUUGGCGGGCAAAAUUUAAAUGUCUACGAUGUUAUUGUAACUAUUUUUCGAGUUUUCGCUCAAAAUGAAUGUUUGUAGCGUGUUAUUUGAGUUUGCGUUUUGAUUUGUAUGACCCAGGUUCCAUUUCAGUGUGUCUUUGAGAAAUUUUGAGAAAAAAAAUGUAAAGUUUCACUUCGGUUCAUUUCGUAACCGCCACAAACCUUUGUAUGCAAAUAAGUUGUAUUUAUUAUGGUAACUAUGAGUGUAACACAAGCGUACUUUCCAUUUCAUAUCACAGAUUAGUUGUAUAUAGAAAAAGAGCAUUAUAGUUUUAGUUCAGAGAGGUAGAGAUAAGCUCAUUGUAAAAAUAAUUUGUACCAUUUUGUAGACAAAAGACUAUUCAUUAGUUAAACAUCCACUGGACAGAGCUUGCUAAAUUAAAUAUUAAGAUACGAAGUUAAAAACUUUUUAAAGCAUCUUCAACCUUUGAUUGUUUGAUUCCUUCAUUUGGCCAUUUCCAGACAAAAAGCUUUUAAAUUUUUUAACUGAUGAUUUCUCCUGUUUUAUGAAGACAGUAUUGAAAUACUCUUACUAAUCAGAUGCAUUUAGCGACUUUGUAUUUAGUAUUUAUGAUAAAUAAAAGAUUUAAAUUAUAUAAAAACAGUAUUUCAUAAAUUGUCUCACAACUUCCUGCAGACACCCAAGAAAAGCAAUGGAAGUUUCAAUUGAGUAAGGAUUACUGCCAUCUGUCCCAAAGGCCUUCAAAAGUCCUUCAAACUUUGUCAAAAGCUGGUAGAAGAUAAGUUAUUCUGGCUGAAAAAUGCCUUCGAUUUUUUAUCAGCACUCCCUGAAUUCUUGAGGCUAGUGGAAACGAAAAUAAUUUUGCUUUUGCAGGGGUUGUAAUACACCUGAAUAUAAGUUAAGCAAAGAAGUCUAUAUUGAAGAAUAUGUACCACAUUUAUAUUUGAAUAUGCAGCCAAUACUACUUUCAACAGGGGUUAGGCCAUGUAUCUACCCUGCCUAGACAAUUUUCUCUGUGAUCCCGAGGAAAAAGCCUAGAAAUAUUGUUUAAUUUCCCUUCAAAGUACUUAAAAAAAAAUCGUCUGCUAACCCUUUGAAUACCAAACUUUUGCCAAAAAAUACUGUUUUUAACCAUUCAGUCAGGUUUUUUGGCUGCCAUGAUGCUAAAUAAGCCCAACUUUUGCUAUGAAAGCUUUUUUUUACCAAAAGGAGAGAUUUUUCGAGGAUUGGGUACAAAAUUGAGCAAUAUUUUGAUUCCAGGCAUGCACAUAAGCCAUAAUUUGGCCUUUUUUUUUGCCACUACCUGUUCUUAAUUUUGUUUGUUGCCCCUUUCCUUUCUUUAUUUCUCGGCCCUUUUACUCUGGCUAC